CGCCGCGUCGCGCUGCGCCGCUCCCCGCCGCUCUCUAUGGCCGUUGCCCGUGGCAGGGCCUGUGUUUACUUCCGGCAGCCCGGCGCCGCGCUGCAUGGGGCGCGGGGGCGGCUGCCCGCCGCCAGCUGCCAUGGCCGAGCCCGCCGAGGAGGAGGAGCUGCCGGUGCCCGAAUCAGGUGCUGUUUUCACAUUUGGAAAAAGCAAGUUUGCUGAAGAUAUUCCUAGCAAGUUCUGGUUCAAAAAUGACAAGCCUGUACUUAUAUCAUGUGGAGAUGAACAUACUGCUAUUGUUACAGGGAAUGGUAAACUGUAUGUGUUCGGCAGUAACAACUGGGGCCAGUUAGGACUAGGAUCAAAGAAGACUGUCAGCAAACCAACAUGUGUUAAAGCUUUAAAACCAGAAAAAACGAAACUUGCUGUUUGUGGAAGAAACCACACUUUAGUUUACACAGAAAAAGGAAAUGUGUAUGCUGCUGGAGGUAACAGCGAAGGUCAGUUGGGAUUAGGUGACACAGAGGAAAGGACCACAUUUCAUUUAAUUAGUUUUUUUACCAACCAGCACAAGAUCAAACAGCUAGCAGCUGGAUCAUACACCUCAGCAGCAGUAACUGAGGAUGGGCAGCUUUUUGUGUGGGGUGACAAUUCAGAAGGUCAGAUUGGCUUGGCUGAUAAAGCCUAUGUCAGUGUCCCUUGUCAAGUGGAUGUUGGAAAACCUGUUUCUUCUAUAUCCUGUGGAUAUUAUCACUCUGCCUUGAUAACAGGAGAUGGUGAGCUCUAUACUUUUGGAGAACCUGAGAAUGGGAAACUAGGAUUAUUGCCUGAACAGCUGAAGAACAAUAGAGUCCCACAGCCCGUACUGGGAAUUAUGGAAAAGGUGAACAAGGUUGCUUGUGGUGGAGAACACACAGUGGUGCUAACAGAGACAGACGUAUAUACUUUUGGACUUGGACAGUAUGGGCAGCUGGGACACGGUACUUUUAUUUUUGAAACGUCAGUACCAAAGUCUGUGAAACACUUGAGGAGGCAUAAAAUAUGUAACGUUACGUGUGGGGAAAAUCAUACUGCUGUAGUUGCAGAUAACGGCCUCAUGUUUACUUUUGGGGAUGGACGACAUGGCAAGUUAGGACUUGGAGAAGAGAAUUUUACAAAUCAGUUUGAUCCCACUCUGUGUUAUAAUUUCUUGAGGUUCACAGUCCUUUUGGUUGCUUGUGGUGGUUGUCACAUGCUAGUUUUUGCUGCUCCAAGACCUAAAGGAUCUGAAGAAACACUCUUAGAAGAUUUAUAUGAGAGCCAUUUGACUGCUACUAUCUCUAAAAUGAGUGGAGACCCACUACUAACAAACACCUUACAACUAACAUCAGCACGAAUACGACGUCGGGAGAGGGAAAAGUCACCAGAACAGUUUAUUCGAAUGGCACGAACUCUGCCUCCACUGGGAGAAAGGUUCUUAAAAUCUUCAUUGCCUGUGACUAGCAACACUAGCCCCCUCUGGUUUUCUGCAACAAGUCUUCCUAAAGCUGAACCUGGGAAGGAUAGAGACCAUGAAAAAGAAAAGAAUCAUCAAAAAGAUAAACCUGGUGAAUCCUCUGCAGAAGAAGAUUCAGAUAAUGAAAAUAAUGACAAAAACCUUGGAGAUACAACUGAUGUCCUAAAUAUGACGCAUGCAAUGAAAUUGAAUCCCAGUGACCAGUCCUUGAAAUUAUCUCCACUCCAAAAACAAAAGGACCAAAACUUGUUUGAAGAUGAGGAGACAGAUGGUGAUGAUGAUGAUGGUGAUGAUGAUGAUGAAGAAGAAGAAACAGAAGAAGAAGAAGAAAAAGAAGCAGAAGGAGAAGAAGGAGGAGGAGAGGAAGGAACAGAAAAAGCAGAGGAAAUAGAGGAAAAAUAUGAAAAAGGGAAACAUAGUAAAACACCCGAAGGAGAGAAAAGCAGUGAUAGCACAGUGGAAACUGAAGAGACAGAAGAGACUACUCAGAAAGAGACCAUCAUUCAGCAGGAUAAAGAAAGCACUGACAAUCACACUGUGAACAGUUCUUCAGAGAACGCUGAUGACCAAAUAACUGGAGGAAUCAGUGGGAGAAAAAAGCGAAAGCCACUGACAGGCCAGAAGAAUGUAUGUACCGAAAAGGAAGAUACAUCUGGAAAGCCAUUACAGAAUGAACAAGAAAAAGAAAAGGAAGAUGUAUCUGGUGAAGACAGUAAAGAUGAAAACCAGAAUCAUACAUUGGAGAAUUCCAGGGAAACUGUGACUAACCAGGACAGAAGGAUUAAAUCUUCUACUUGUAUAUUACUCUAACACUGUUAUAGUACGUAAGAAUGUGACAGUCUUAAAGCACAUAGUGCAAUUUUUACUUGAAAACAGUUAAGACUCACUACAGAUGUUAAUGGUUGCAUUUUUGAUUGAUUUGAUUGCUGUGAUUUUAAACAUGCAGACCAUUUUCUUGAUAUUUAUUGAUAAUUUUAAUGUUGCAAUUGAUAUGCUUAUCAGCAUCUUGCUGGAGUUCUGUGGCCUUAACUGUUAGUGCUGUAAAACAAAAUAUAUUUUUUUAUGUGAAAAGUUGGAUACAGGCAUUUCGUGUUUUUUGCUAAAUAAUUCUAUUCUGUUUCAGUCUAUAGAGUACCACUUUCAGUAUGAUACUCUUGCAAAAUUGUAAUAUUUGAUGUAAGAUAUUAUUUGGUUUAACAAGCUGGGUAAAAAUGUUGAAGUUCACAUUUUAAAGAGGGUACUCAAUUACUCAGAAAUACGUAUGCAUCUUUUUGUUUUGACUUAGAAAAAACAGCAAUAAAACUUCUAAGUUAA